CACAAUGAAGAAGUUUCAACAGAAGGCUUAUAAGCGUAGAUGGGCUGCCACAACUAGGCAUUUGAAGAAGCAAUGCCGACAGUCAACUUUAGAAUUAGAGAGUGAUGAUAGCGAGCAAGAGAAUGACACGACAAUCUUUACAACUCCAGAAACAGUGACAACCCUUCAGUACAUGGAUGCUGCGGAGACUGCUUCCUGCACUGCCGCGGGUGCUGACAAUGCCACCUACAGUGGCCCUGAUAGUGAUGAGCCUGAUGAAAAUGAUGCUGAUUGGAGACUAAUCGACCAUCAUGUCACCUUGUCAUCUGAUUCAGAAAAUGAGAGUGAUAGUGACUGCUUUGAAGAUAUUUUGAGGUCUGGAUUAUUUUAUCUUCAGAAUAGCUUCUGCUAUUGGCCAAAGCCAAAUCCUACCCACUCCAGAAUCCGGAGAGCUGAGAUUCCUGACAAAGAAGUCUGGGAUAGGCUGCCAAUUCGGGUUUUCAGGAAAACAUUGACUGAAGACUUUGACAAGGCCCUUCAAUAUGAAAAACAAGCUGAAAUGUUUUCGAGCCCAGAGGAAGAAGAAAUGUCAACCAAAUGGAGCCACAUCACCCCUGAACGUUAUAGAAACGAUGAGGAAGAUGUGUUUGAUGCUGACGGCGAAGAGGAAAUUCGGCCAAAAAAGAAGUGCAGAAAAGAGAAAUUACAGAUCCUCAUCCAGGCACCCCCACUGCCAGUGCUCCCACCAUUGAACUUUCCAAACUUCAGCGAGUACCAGACCACUUCAGCCAGUACCAGCCAAUACUACACCACUCCAAGGCAUCCAGGCCGACCUCACAGCCCAGCGAGAAGCAGCACUUACAGGCUCAGUCCAGACAGGAAUCAUGCAUCCAGCUCAAGCCAGUACCAAACCACUCCAGCCAGUACGAGUCAGUACCAGACCACUCCAAGAAGCAGCAGGAAUGCCCUUGAAAGUGAACUUUUCCAGUUAAACAUGAAAGUUAAAAAAAAUAGUUGAGAACCAGGGAGAAAUUAUGCGCAUGCUGAGAGGGCUGGCAGCACAGUCUGUGGGGCCAGAAGCUGUGGAUGUUCAAGAUCUCAUUGAGAAGCCUUUCGAGACUCUUGA